AUGAACACUAUCACUGUGUCUACCAAUGAAUAUCCAUCAAGUGUCCAAACAGAUAUGCUAAGUUUCUAUUGGAAAUUUCACACUCAGCAAACAGGAAUUAUACAAGGUGAUGACAUUAUCGAGAUGGCCAUAGUGGCUAAAACUCGUGGAUGGCUUUCGAUUGGUUUAGAUUUUAACAAGACUGGAAUGAAUCAAGCCGAUUGUUUUAUUGGAUUCUUUGACCAGGAGAAUAAUUUGCCAAUUCUUUAUGAUGAUUGGAUGCCUGGUAAAUCAAUUCCAAAGAAUGAUUCGAUAUUUGGAGGUACCAAUGAUAUUUUGCAAGUCACAGGUUCAUUUGUGAAUGGGGUAACUACAUUGAAAUUUAUUCGAAAGGUUGAUACAGGUGAUGUUCUGGCAGACAAACCAAUAAGAAAUGCAACUGUGGGAAUAAGUUGGGCAAUCAAUUCCAACUCAAUUGAUGUCACAAAAGUUCAUUCUUCAUAUGGUCAAUUCAACAUUAAUUUAAUGACUCAUGUUGGUAUCCUAAACUUGAUUAAACAACCAUUGAUACAGUUCCAUCUGAUUGCAACAGGUUCUGUGGCACUUUUAAUGACCCUAGCUGGAAUGUCCUAUGUGUUCAUUUCAAGGAAGGAAAAGAACUUCUUCAUCAGUUUAGUUUUUCACACAAAAUUUUCAAAUUUGAUUAGAAACGAAUUUAUUGGUUCGUGGUUGAAUCCCAUUUUAGAGUUGACCAUUGGUGAAAUUACACUCAUUAUCAUUCAUCUCAUGCUUACUUCUGUCUGGUUUUGUUUCGGCUAUUUCAACAACUCUUCACCAAUUUUAUCCAAAAUUGGGAAAGCGUUUGGUUACGCAAGUGUCAUUACUCUUACAACAACCAUCCUACCAAUCACAAGAUACUCAGCAUUUGUCUUUAUAUUUGGUAUCUCUUUCGAAAGAGCAAUCAAAUAUCACAAGUGGUGUUCCUUGUUGACUCUCCUUGUAACCACACUCCAUGGAAUAUUCAUGGCCAUACCAAUGGGAAUGAAAGGAAAUCUGGAAAGACUUGUCAGUGUGAGAGCUAAUGGAUAUAUCUUGUUUGGAACAAUAGCAUGGAUUGCCAUGGUCAUUAUGAGUUUAUUCUCAAUUGAAAUAAUCAGACGAAAGUGUUGGGAACUAUUCAAGGUUGUUCAUGUCAUCUUGGCUCCUGUUGUUUUGGUUUUCUCUUCAAUUCAUGCAAGAGGUUGGGAAAGAACAUUGCCAGUUCUUGGUGUUGCGAUCGGUUUGCUACUAGUUGACUAUUUACUUCGUUUCGUUUUUGGUUAUGUUCUUCCAACAAAGGUUGUCAAAAUGGAAUAUGAUGAAAAGUGCCAAGUGACAAAGAUUGUUUUUGAGAAAUCAAACCUUGGCAUGUGGUCAACUGAAAGCUUGGGAAUGGCCAAGUUUGUCCAUGUUUGCAUUCCAGGAGUUUCACUCUUCCAAUCACAUCCAUUAACAAUCAGCAGCUAUGAAAAGCUACCUCAGAGCGUUGAAUUUACUUGCCAUGUGAAAAAUAAUGGAAAGGGAUGGUCGAAAGAUGUUGCAGAUUUUGCAGUCAAGAGAAAAUGUUGUGCUUCAUCAAUAUUUGCACGAGUUGAAGGUCCUUAUGGAAAGUUAUCUCUUGAUGUCAAUUCUUAUUCGAAUGUUGUAUUGAUUGCUGGUGGAAUUGGAGUGACUCCAAUUAAUGCAAUAUUUGAAGAGUUGACCAAUAACUCAAAACACGCAUUACAAAAGAAUAUCUUUGUUAUUUGGACAAUGAAAGAUGAAAACCUCAUGACUAUGUUCCCAUCACUACUCGAAAGGUAUUCGAAUGUGAAACAAUCCUUUUACGUAACCUCUUCUGCAUCAAAUUCUUUGAAAAUCAACUCAUCAGAUGCUUACAAUAAUCGAGUUCACUAUAAUUCAAGACCUAACUUUGUAGAAUAUCUCACUUUAAUAUCAGAAACAGUUGGAUGCUUUGAUAACAGCGCUGCAAUCAUUGUUUGUGGUCCAAAUCAAAUGAAUAUCGAUGUCUACAAUGCCUCCAGAAAAGUUGCCAAAGAAAGUGGUGUUCAUUUUCACAUUCACAGAGAAACCUUUGAAAUGUAA